UGCACAAACAGUAUUUGAGUGUCCGCGAAGUCUGACUGGGCCAAGCAGAGCCAGUUCUCGCUGAGCCUCGUCGUGGUCAGGCGACCACUUCUACUCUCGUACGGCCUCUAGGUUUUCUGGUUGCAUUCUCCAGUUCGAUCUUCCGUCAGUCAGUUUCUGAACGAGAUAAAUACGCGGAAUAUAUCGAAUCUCGCAAUCGUGAUCGAGUACACAGUGUCUUCACAUCAUUCUGUCUCUUAGGACUAAGAGUCCUUUAUAAUACGAUUCUGAACGGAAUAUGCAUUUCUUAAGAAGAGGCAAAAACUGAAGAUUUGGAUGCAAAUGUUAUUAAAAAUCAAACGUAUUGUAAGGAUUAUCAGCGAUCAUUCAUAAUAAUGGCUGGAAAACUGGUUCCGCGGAAUAAUAGAGCAAGUAAAAAAAUUAUUAAAAAAUAGACUAUACACGCAAAAUAUAAACUUUAAAAAUAAAUUGUUCAAGAUAUUUAUUGAAAAUAGAAGAAAAAUAAAGAUUGCUUAUAUAUAAAACAUGUCUAAAAUAUUUAAAUAAUUUGAAAAGAUUAAGAAGAUAUGUUCUGAAAAAAAACAGUGAAAAAAAAGUGAAAAAAAGCUGCUCGCAAAUAUAUCUUUGAAGAAUCUUUAUCGAUACUUCUUAACAAGAUAUGCUCAAGGACAGUCGAACGAAUAAACAGAAGAAUGAUUUAAGCAAGAAAAGAUCAUUCAAAGGUGCUCGCUAGUUGACUUCGCACCGAUCUCAUUUUUCAAAGAAACUUUGUUCGAAGAAAUAGGAGGCAUUUUUAUCGUUAAAAUCUUGCAGAAAUGGAGAGUGCGACCGCACCGAGCACGCUGAUGGAGAUGAAAACACGAAGACAGACGCAAUUCCAGUCGCAAGCAUCGACCUUGGAUACUAGAAGGAGGCAAGCGAUUUGCGUUAGAAGGGCUUUCAAAAAAUAUGGAUCCAAAAACAAUCCCAAUAUUGUUCUGGACGGGCUCAAUAUGACCGUGCCGAAAGGUACGAUUUAUGGAUUACUUGGUGCGAGUGGUUGCGGGAAGACUACUUUAUUGUCAUGCAUUGUCGGCCGGAGACGCUUGAAUUCCGGCGAAAUCUGGGUGCUGGGGGGCCGACCAGGCUCUAAAGGGUCCGGCGUGCCCGGUCCUCGGGUUGGCUACAUGCCACAAGAAAUCGCGCUCUAUGGUGAAUUCUCCAUUCGAGAGACGUUCAUCUAUUUCGGUUGGUGCGCCGGCAUGUCCACAGGUCAAGUGGACGAUAAGCUGGAAUUUUUAAUUAAGCUUUUGCAAUUACCAUCGGCAAAUCGUUUCGUCAAAAAUCUGUCCGGUGGUCAGCAAAGAAGAGUAUCCUUCGCGGCUGCCCUUUUAGCCGAUCCUGAACUCUUGAUCUUGGAUGAACCGACGGUUGGGGUGGAUCCUGUUCUCCGGCAGAAUAUCUGGGAUCACUUGGUGCAUAUCACCAAAGACGGUAACAAGACUAUUAUUAUCACCACGCACUACAUCGAGGAGACUAGGCAAGCUGGCAUAAUUGGCUUAAUGAGAAGCGGCAAAUUUUUGGCGGAGGAAUCGCCGAGGAAGCUAAUGGAGAUGCAUCGACUGGAUACUUUGGAAGAUGUUUUCUUAAAACUGAGUAAAAGACAAAAUUUAGGAUUAAGGAGAAGAAGCAGUAUUCUGAGCAAUUUGACGGGUGUCCCACCGGAAGACGACAUGGAUGACGAGAUGAGUGGCGAAUUCGGCGACAACGUCAGCGUGUGUAGUCGGAGAAAAAGCGUAGUCAUUGCGGAUGAUGACAAUGUGGGAGGAUUGCCUCCGGAAGAAGAAGGUUCCUCCAAGUUUACUAUGCUCGAUCCGAUGCAUAUGAAGGCCCUUAUCUGGAAGAACUUCUUGUGGAUGUGGCGAAAUGUCGGAAUAAUGUUGUUCAUCAUUGCCCUGCCGGUCGCCCAGAUAGUCAUCUUUUGCCUUUCCAUCGGUAAGAAUCCUAUAGGUCUAAAAAUAGCCAUCGUUAACAACGAACUCAACAGCAGCAUGCAACCUUGUAUUCCCUCAACCGGAUGCGAUUGGUCACUAUUGAGUUGUCGUUAUCUUCAAUAUCUGGAGAAGAAGACCAUAAACUUAUUACCUUACGAUAACGACGAAGAAGCUGAUAAUGCAGUGAGAAACGGUUGGGCAUGGGGCGCCAUAACGUUCCCGUCGAAUUAUUCCGACGCUCUCAUGGCGAGAAUAGAUUACGGCAGAAAUGCCGAGGAUUGGGAUAUCGAAUAUGCAGAAAUGAAAGUCGUCAUGGACAUGUCCAAUCAACAGAUAGGGCAAUUGCUGCAAAGAGAUUUGUUUUACGCCUUUCAAGACUUUGCGAAAGAGCUUACUGUGGCUUGCAACUACAGCGAGAAAGCGACAAGCAUACCUAUGCAUUUCGAAACACCAGUCUAUGGACCUCUGGAACCUAUCUUUACGGAUUUCGCAGCUCCUGGAGUGAUUCUAACAAUCAUUUUCUUUCUCUCGGUUGCAUUGACAUCAGGCUCCAUGUUGUUGGAAAGAAAUGAAGGUCUGCUGGAAAGAACUCUCGUAUCAGGUCUCACUGGCACGGAAAUUCUUUUCGGCCAAGUGAUCACGCAGUUCAUGGUGGUGUUCGGACAAAGCGUGAUGGUUCUCGUAGUCUCAUUCGUCAUCUUCAAAAUCAAUUGCGCAGGCGACAUAGGCUGGAUUACUACUUUGACUGUUCUCACGGGUCUUUGCGGCAUGUGUUUUGGGUUUGUCAUUGCCUGUUUCUGCGACAACGAAAGAAGCGCUACAUAUGUGGCUAUGGGUUCCUUCCUUCCAAUUGUGAUGCUGUGCGGCAUCAUCUGGCCUAUAGAAGGCAUACAUCCUUUUCUGAAGUAUAUUAGUUUUCUGUUACCUCUGACAAAAAGCACAGAAUCGAUGAGAUCAAUGCUGACCAGAGGUUGGCCGAUAUCGGAACCUACGAUAUAUUACGGUUUUAUCGCCACCCUCAUUUGGAUCAGUAUUUUCAUGAGCAUAUCAAUACUGCUGCUUAAGUUCAAGAAGGGUUAACUUAGAGUAAGGGAAGGAUAGUUUUACAAAUAUAGAAAGAAACAAACUAAAUGUAUCUUUCUGUAAAUUGUAAUAUAAGAUUAAAUAGAAAUAUAGAAAGAAGAAGAAUUGGUUUAUAUAUAUAAAGUAUCAAUAUAAUAAAAUUAUAUGAAUAAAAACAUAUCUAGACAAUA